AUGAAUUAUCGUUGUAUUGCUUAUCAAUUAAUAAAUUUAUAUAAAAGAGAUUUACCAUUAUAUAAACAAAGAUCACAUUUAUUUUCUCGUUAUUUAACAACAAAUAUUCAAUCACAAUCAAAUACAUCAACACGUCGAUGGUCAAUAAAACGAUAUAUUCUACUUAUUGGAUUACCAAUAACAAGUAUUUUAUACUAUCGUUUAUCAACAGAAUAUGAAACACGACGAAAACAUCGAAUUAUUUUAGGAAGUAUUGUACGAGCCAUUCGAGCAAUUUCGGUUGGUAUACAAUCUGUGAUCGAUCAAAAAUAUAGUUUAUUAUUUAAACGUCAUGGUACUAAUGAAUAUCGAACAGCAUUACAAGCAUGUCGACGUCGAAAUGCUAAACGUUUUGCUAAUUUUUGUAUUGAUGCCGGUGGUGUAUAUGUCAAAAUUGGUCAAGCAUUUAUAAAUCUUCCAGAAGUUAUACCAUUGGAAUAUUAUGAAGAAUUACAAAUUCUUGAAGAACGUGCUCUUCGUCAAGAAAAAGGCGGAAUUGAUGUUUUAUUUAAAAGAUAUUUUCAUGAUACACCAGAAAAUAUUUUUGGAAAAUUUAAUCGAAAUCCUAUAGCAGCAGCAUCAUUAGCUGAAGUCUAUAUAGGUGAAACAAAAGAGGGCGAACAAGUUGCUGUUAAAGUACAAUAUUCUGAUUUACGUGAACGCUAUGAAACUGAUAUUGCCACGGUAAAUUAA